CUUUUUCUUCCUUACCCUCAAGCACAAAAAAUCAAAUCAAAAACCAAACCCCCCUUUCUUCUCUCCGUCGUCUUUGAUGGCAGUGGAUCUGGUAGGAGUUCCACGGAUGAGGAUGGAACAACAAGAACAAGUUGCAAUUCAAGAAGCUGCUUCGGCUGGCUUGAAGAGCAUGGAGCAUCUCAUUCGCCUCCUCUCUUCUCAAUCUCAAUCUCAUUCUCCUUCUACUUCCUCUUACCCUCUCCCCAACAAUAAUAACAACCUCAACUGCUCCCAACUAACCGACUUCACAGUGUCCAAGUUCAAGCAAGUCAUCAACCUCCUUAACCGCACUGGCCACGCCCGCUUCCGCCGCGCACCACCACAACAACAGCCCACCCCUCCCCCUCAGGCCCAGCCUGGAACCACCACCGCCUUCACACUAGAUUUCCACAAGCCCACCAUUCUGAACUCCAAGCCCGCCGUCAACAAGGAUGUCGACCAAGAAAUGGAACUUAGUAUUUCCCCUCCUGUUUCCACCACUACCUCCUCCACCUUCAUGUCCUCCAUCACCGGCGAUGCUAGCGUCUCCGACGGCAAGAUUGGCCCCUUCCUUACCCUUCCAGCUCCUCCUCCCCCUCCCGUUGCCUCCGGAAAACCUCCUCUCUCUUCUUCUCACCGGAAAAGGUGCCAUGACGCAACCCUCUCCGGAAAAGCCUCCUCCUCCGCUCAUUGCCAUUGCUCCAAGAGAAGGAAAUCACGUGUGAAACGAACGAUCCGUGUGCCGGCUAUAAGUUCGAAGAUCGCCGAUAUACCGCCUGACGAAUUCUCGUGGAGAAAGUACGGUCAGAAACCGAUCAAGGGCUCACCUUACCCUCGUGGUUACUAUAAGUGCAGCACCGUGAGAGGAUGUCCGGCCAGGAAGCAUGUGGAGAGAGCACAAGACGAUCCGAAGAUGCUAAUAGUGACGUACGAAGGGGAACACCGUCACAAUCCGCAGCCACACUCGCCGGAAACUGCCGGCACUCUCGCCGUCACCUCUGCUGGUGGUUUUAGCCUCCGGUCGUGUUGAAUCAAGCAUCGGCGCCGUUUGGAAAACUACUUACGCCGGGCUGCAUCCAACAUUGAAACUGUCCGUGACGUGACGGUAACGGCGGCAUCAACGUGUUUGACGGUAUAGUCAAAAGCUAAUGUUGAAGUCAACGUUUGCAUUAUAGUAGCUUUUGACGGAUUCGUCUAAACAAUUGGCGAAGACUUUUGCUGUAAAAAAUUCUGAUAGACAGAAGAUUGUAGGACCUCUAAAAUUAAAUAUAGUUUUGUUUGUUCUUUUA